AUCACAAACUUGACGGAGGGGGUGUUCUCCGGACUGUCGGGGCUGAGAGAUCUACGUCUGGGCAACAACCAGCUGACAAGCAUUCCCGUCGGUGUUUUCUCCGACCUGUCGGCGUUGACUCUUCUAUCUGUUGCCGACAACCAGCUGACAAAUCUUGCUUCGGGAGUGUUCUCCGGGCUGAGGGGGCUGCAGUCGCUGUACAUUGAUAGAAAUCAGCCGCUGACGAGCAUUGCUGCGGGAGUGUUCUUCGGGCUGUCGAAGCUGCAGGAGCUAGGUCUUACAUACACACAGCUGACGAGUCUUCCGGAGGGGAUCUUCUCCGAGCUCUCGGGGCUGGUGUAUCUAUGGAUUGCCUACAACCAGCUGACGAGCCUCCCGGCGGGGAUCUUGACAGGGCUCUCGAGUCUACAGGAAUUACAUCUUGAAUCCAACCGCCUUACAUGCAUCUCUUCAAAGGCCUUUAUUGGCUUGUCUGCUCUCAGAAAUCUU